AGUGCGGUUGCGCCUCUUCUUCUUCGUUUUAAUAGUAUAGUUUUUUUUUCACUUAGAUCUGUGUCAGUUAUCAAUAUAAUCUUCUAUAUAAAUCUAAACUUGUGUUAUGUCUUUCAUCAACUACAAACACACAAAACAUAAAGAAAUGAGUAACGGUAAUGAUUCAUCGAAGUCACUCACCGGACCACACUUUCUUUUCGUGACAUUUCCAGCACAAGGUCACAUCAACCCAUCUCUCGAGCUAGCCAAACGCCUCGCCGGAACCUUCCCCGGAGUUAGAGUCACGUUCGCAGCUCCAGUCGCCGCCUACAACCGCCGCAUGCUCUCCAAAGAAACCGUCCUCGAAACCCUUACCUUCGCCACUUACUCGGACGGCCACGACGACGGCUUCAGACCCUCUACGUCAUCCGAAAAAUCUCGCCAGCACAGCUCCGGACAGUACAUGACCGAGAUGAGACGACGCGGGAGAGAGACCCUAACGGAACUAAUCGAAGAUAACCGGCGUCAGAACCGGCCUUUCACCUGCGUGGUUUACACCAUCCUCCUCACAUGGGUCGCUGAGCUGGCGCGUGAGUUUCAGAUCCCUUCUGCUCUUCUCUGGGUCCAGCCAGUGACCGUCUUCUCCAUCUUCUUCCACUACUUCAACGGCUACGCCGGUACAAUCUCAGAGAUGGCUGACAACAACAACAACAACAACAACAACCUUUCUGGUUCUGUUAAGUUUCCUUCUCUGCCGCUGUUCCGUCUCCGUGAUCUUCCCUCCUUCAUCGUCCCUACAAACGCGUAUGCGUUUGUUCUACCGGCGUUUAGAGAACAGAUAGAGUCGCUGAAGCAAGAGGAGAACCCUAAGAUCCUCGUCAACAGCUUCCAAGAGCUUGAACAAGAAGCUCUAACCUCGGUUCUUGAUGAUAUCAAGAUUAUCCCUAUCGGUCCGUUGAUAACCUCGAGGACCGAAUCCGAGACCGUCGCUGAGUACAUCGGGUGGUUGGAUACGAAAACAGAUUCUUCCGUGCUUUAUAUCUCGUUCGGGACGCUUGCCGUGCUGAGCAAGAAACAGCUUGUUGAGCUCUGCAAGGCGUUGAUAGAGAGCCGGAGGCCGUUUCUGUGGGUGAUUACGGAUAAGUCGUACAGAAGCAAAGAAGACGGGGAAGAGAAAGAAGAAGAUAUCAUAAGGAGCUUCAGAGAAGAGCUCGAGGAGAUAGGGAUGGUGGUUUCUUGGUGCGAUCAGUUUAGGGUUUUGAAGCAUAGAGCGAUAGGCUGUUACGUGACGCAUUGCGGGUGGAACUCGUCGCUGGAGAGCUUGGUCGCGGGAGUUCCGGUGGUUGCGUUUCCUCAGUGGACUGAUCAGAUGACGAACGCGAAGCUCUUGGAAGAUUGUUGGAGGACGGGUGUGAGGGUGAUGGAGAAGAAGGACGAGGAGGAGGAGGGAGUUUUAUUGGUGGAGAGUGGGGAGAUACGGCGGUGCAUUGAGGAAGUGAUGGAGGAGAAGGCGGAGGAGUUUAGGAGUAACGCGGCGAGGUGGAGAGAUCUAGCGGCGACGACGGUGAGAGAAGGAGGGUCUUCGUUUAAUCAUCUCAAAGCUUUUGUUGAUGAGCACAUGUGAGAUACAGUCUCUAGAGGAGUUCAGUUCCACAGCUUCUUUACUAAGAGUAUUUAAUUUAAUUACCAAAUUUUAUUUGAAGUCUGCUGUUUAAUUUUCAAAAAGUUAUUACAGUGGUUUUCUAUGACACUGGUUCUGUUGUUAUGUUGGCUGUUUUUCUAGUGAUAUAAGUCAGUAGGCCCAUACAUUUUCUUAAGAGUUAGCAUAAGAACUAAGAUUUAGACCACUUACUGUUAUUG